UGACCGAAUUAGCAUGUGCCGAGCGCUUGAGUUUGGAAUGGGUGACCUGCCAUCAGCAGACUUACCCCCCUAAAACCGGCAAAUGCAACGCGCGGUCGUACUACCAGUUUGCAACGCGUUUGGCAAUCGUUGAUGUCACGAGCACGAGACACUAGCGCUGGCAGACGUCGGUGGACGAAGACGCCGUUGGACUCAAGUGCAAAACUCGCGAGUCCCCGCUGAAUGGGGCCACUGCCCGUACAUCUGGGUCCGUCUUGCCUGGGCCACGUAAACGAGGCUCGAUUAGCUCUAUGUCGUGAAUGGUUCCACAUAUAAAGCGUUGGGCUUCUCGUCGCCGCUGUUGUCGUUACCGUUAUGGCUUUUGACGUUGCUGCCACGAUGAGUCGAAAGGUGUGCGAUACGUGGUUUUACGCGAUUCUUAUCUGCUCUGUUGGAGUUUCGCUUUAUUACUAUUAUCCUGAAGUCCAGAAUCGUUUCCCGCAGGCGACCGCCAUCCUCGAAAUGCACUACAAAAAAAUCACGAGUCAAUUCGUGUCUUCAAUGCAACCGUAUGUUCCACUCCUAAGAUCAAUCAGCCUGCCUCCAGGAAUGUUCAACGCGGACACCUUGGCCCGCUAUGACGGCAAAACGGGAUCAAAGGGACUUUACCUAGCUCUUCUUGGGAAGGUGUACGACGUGGAGAAAGGCGCGAAGUACUACAGGGAAGGAGGCAGUUAUUCGUUCUUUGCUGGCAAAGACGCUUCGCGGGCGUAUAUCACGGGUGACUUCUCUGACACUGGUCUGACAGAUGACUUAACAGGUCUUUCGGAAGAGUCCGUGGCUGGCUUGGCAAACUGGAUAGAGAUGUAUCAUAAAGACUACCCCUAUAUGGGAAAGCUUGUUGGAAGGUAUUACACGAUAACCGGAGAGAAAACCGCCGAACUGCGGCGAAUUGAGGAACUGUUGUCUAGGGCUCAGGCCGUUAAGGACAAAGAAGAUGAACAGAAAAAGAUGUUCCCGCCCUGCAAUUCAGAAUUUAACACUAAAACAGGACAUCGCGUCUGGUGCAGUAAUCAAAGCGGAGGUAUUGAGCGAUCGUGGGAUGGAGUUCCCCGCAGAUUUCAUCCCCCUGGAAUGAGUCAAGAAAGAUGCGUCUGCGUCCGAACUACAGGCGCUCCGUAUGACAAUCCGUCGGCUACAACGAAUAAUGGUGACCUGUCAAAUCCUAACCUUAAGGAGUACCCCAAUUGUGAACCGUCAUCUAAAAGCUGCAAACUCAAGUAGUCUUCAACGUGGUGAUAUCCAGAGUGACCUCUGUACAGGGCAAAACGUUCAUCAAGGCCGAAGGCAUUCUUUUUCGAAGAAAAGAAAAAAACAUUCGUAACACAUUAAAACCGUACAACGCCAACCUCAUCCCUACAUAUUAAUGCGUCUUGUUGAUACGGUAUUGAAGAUAUAUGAAAUAUGUGAGUUUAAUUUGAUUCAUAAUUGAAACCAACCGUAUGCAAUCAAUGUGCGUCGCCUUUCCCAUAGAAUAUAUUUAAAAACCUAUCUUACUAGAAACCUUCACAAACGUAAGGUUUAUAACUGCGGUGAUAUAAGCAGUAUGAAAGUGAAGAUCGUUUGAUAAUUUAUGCAAAGCAUAGAGAAAUAGUCGAAAGUUUUCUAUGAGUUCCAUUGUGCCACAGUGUAUGCUUAUAUAAUAGCAAAGCAAGAGUUCGUUUACCAAAACGUGUUUUUGUCUUUUGGCAGUAAGAAACAUCGUCUUGAUGAAAGUCAAACGACCAACUUGUUAAGCAGGUUGAACUUCAGCGUAUGCCAAUGGAAUCUUGUUAAGAGAUACUGCCCCAACGAAAUUCUAAAGCUGAAUGCAAUUUUCUACUCUGAUUGCGAAUGCAAGUAACUCAGAAUUGAUAGCUAUAUAGUACAUACAGCUAUCAAUUCAAGGAUGAGAUCAUGAGCAAACCGGCACGACCAUAGCGUCCUGCAACAUUAUGUACCCUACUAAGAUGCUGAAAACUCUUUUGCUGAGGAAAUAUCACAUGGCUAGCGUUUUUAAUGACCAAUUCUAAACUUAAUGAGCCUGUUUAUCGCAAUUCCCUGAAAAUCAUACUGGGUCAUUUCAGCCGAAAUUAAUUAAAAUAUUUAGAUGACGGUUCUUUCAGUACACCGACCGGUUAAGUCGUUUUUUAUAUGCUUUCAUUUUCGCCUCAAAAGGUAAAUGAUGAAUGUGAACAAGAUGCUAAAUUUAACCUAUGCAAAUGACUAUAUAGAUAGUAAAAUAAACUCAAAUAUAAUAAAAUUGAUAUUUAUUAAGUUAAACAAAAU